AAUGUUGUUGUUACUGUGCAUCAACUAGAGCUCGACCCUGAAGCUGGCGCGUGUGUUAAAUGCUCUCGUACAUGAUUGUUUUUUUAAUUUCUGAAAAGUAACUUCUUCAUUGUGAAAAAUAUGUCUUCCACAGAUCCCAUGAGUGUCAAUGUGCCUGAUAUUGAAAACUUGCUGCAGUUGGAUCCUUAUUUAAAACAUCAUGAGAGAGAAAUAAGGCGCCGAUAUGGUUGUUUUAAAUCUCUAUAUGAUGAGAUUAAUGUGCAAGAAGGUGGUGUUGCAGAAUUUUGCAGAAGUUACACACAAUUUGGCAUUCAUGUUACUAAAAAUAAUGGUGUUCGAUGUCUGGAGUGGGCCCCUGGAGCUGAAGCUGUCUUUUUGAGAGGCGAUUUUAAUGAUUGGAAAAUGGUCACUCAUCCAUUUAAACAGUUGCCAUUUGGAAAAUGGGAGCUUGAAAUUCCACCAAACGAUGAUGGAUCUUGUCCUGUUCCUCAUAACAGUAACAUAAAGCUGGUUAUUUUAACACGCUCUGGGAAAAUGGAAGAUCGUUUGUCUCCUUGGGCCACAUAUGUUGUUCAACCAAAAAGUUCUAUUGUUUAUGAUCAAAGGUUCUGGAAUCCUCCUGCCAAUGAAAGAUAUACAUUUAAGAAUUCAAAGCCAAAGAGACCGCCAAAUUUCAAAAUCUAUGAAUCACACGUUGGCAUAUCUUCAGAAGAAUAUAAGGUUGCAAGUUAUGAACAUUUUAGCAAAAAUAUAAUUCCAAGAAUCAAGAAUCAAGGCUAUAAUGCAAUUCAGUUAAUGGCUAUAAUGGAGCAUGCAUACUAUGGCAGCUUUGGAUACCAGGUUACUAGUUUCUUUGCUGCAUCCAGUCGAUAUGGUACGCCCGAAGAACUCAAAGAAUUAAUUGACAAUGCACACGCACAUGGAUUGUAUGUUCUUCUUGAUGUUGUACAUAGUCAUGCCUCUAAGAAUGUUCUGGAUGGACUAAAUCAAUUUGAUGGCACAAAUUCCUGUUUUUUCCAUGAUGGAGGACGAGGAGAACACUCACUAUGGGGAAGCAGAUUAUUUGAUUAUUCACAGCGAGAGGUCUUGAGAUUUCUUCUUUCUAAUCUUUGUUGGUACAUGGAUGAGUACCAAUUUGAUGGAUUCAGGUUUGAUGGCGUGACAUCAAUGCUGUACCACCACCAUGGAGUAGGUGCAGGUUUUAGUGGUGAUUACAAUGAAUAUUUUGGAAUGUCAACUGAUACAGAAUCAUUAACAUAUUUGAUGAUGGCGAAUCACAUUUUGAAAACUUUUUACCCAGAAUCUGUAACAAUUGCUGAGGAUGUUUCUGGUAUGCCUGGGCUUUGUCGACCUGUUUCUGAAGGUGGAGGUGGAUUUGAUUUUCGUUUAGGGAUGGCCAUUCCAGAUAAGUGGAUUGAGCUUUUAAAAGAACAAAGAGAUGAAGAUUGGAAUAUAGGCAACAUUGUGCAUACCUUAACCAACAGAAGGUGGACAGAGAAAACAGUUGCCUAUGCAGAGUCCCAUGAUCAGGCACUUGUUGGCGAUAAAACUAUUGCGUUCUGGCUUAUGGAUAAAGAUAUGUAUGACUACAUGUCAGUUUUGACUCCAUUAGUUAAUUCUAUCGACAGAGGUAUUGCUUUGCACAAGAUGAUCAGAUUGCUCACACACAGUUUAGGAGGAGAAGCUUGGUUAAACUUCAUGGGUAAUGAAUUUGGUCAUCCAGAAUGGUUAGACUUCCCACGAGUUGGAAAUAAUGAAAGUUAUCAUCAUGCCAGAAGACAGUGGCAUCUUGUAGAAGAUGAACUUUUGCGUUACAAAUUCCUAAAUAAUUUUGAUAGAGCUAUGAACCAAACUGAAGAAAAAUAUCCAUGGCUGAAUAGUCCUCAGGCUUAUGUUAGUUGGAAACAUGAAGAUGAUAAAGUAAUUGUCUUUGAAAGAGCUAAUUUAGUUUUUGCUUUUAAUUUUCAUGCUACAAAAAGUUUUCCAGAUUACAAAGUAGGAGUUGAUGUUCCUGGAAAAUAUAAAAUAGUUCUUGACAGUGAUGCUGAAGAAUUUGGAGGCCACAAACGACUGGACCACAGUACUGAAUUCUUUACAUUUCCAGAAUCCUAUUGUGGAAGAAGCAAUUCGAUGAUGAUUUAUAUACCAGCAAGGGUUGGUAUUGUGUAUGCUCGUUUUGACUAAAGAGAAUUCACUCUUCGAUAAAGAACUGCCAUGUUCAACUUGUUGAAUUUUAGAGACUUUAUUCAUAUGAUUUGUUAUACUUUGUACCUGAGAUUUUUUUUAAAUAGUGUGAUAGUACUGAUGUAAAGCAGUGCAACUAUUUUUAUCAGUACCAACUGAGAAUACAUGUGCCAUCAGAAGUUAUUUGUUAGUUCCAAGAAAGAUUUUUCUUUAAAAUGAGCUUAGUGUUUUUAAAAAAUUAAAAUGCAAUUUGACCAAUAAAUAAUGAAUGUUGAAUUUGUUAAUAAAAAUAAAUUUUAUAACAAUAUCUGUGUAAUAUUUCAAAAGUAAUGGAAUACAAAUAUUUCAUCUUUCUAAGAAAACAAACUUUCUUGAUUGACAAAUUAGAACAAAACUAAUACUGUAUGAUAAACGUGCUGAAAUAAAUUCCGUACCUCAGAGUCAGACUAGCGUAAGUCACAUACUCGCAACCUUACAGGAGAACGGUUGCCUUUUAAGCAACCGUUUUUCCUCAGCGCAUACAAAAGAUUGGACUCACACUCUUAACACUGAUAAACUUUUGCAAAGGAGUUUUUGAGUGCAUUCAUAUGGCUCGAUACAAAAUAGGAUUCUACAUACAAAACACUAAUGGAAAAUCUUAAUUUUCGAACUUACAUCAGUGUGGCUCUGACUUACAAAAUUUAUGGUCAAUUUCAAUGUGAAAUUUAAGAAAAAAAGCUAUGUGUUAGGCAUAAUUUCUUUAAUCUUCAAGCUCACUUCAGUUUCCAUUACAAAAAAUUUACAAAAUACAUCAUUUUGCAUUAAGAAACAAAAUAUUUAAAGCUAUAUUUACAAAUAUACAAAGUUUUACAUAAAUCACAUGAAAAAUGUUUGUAUAUUUUAAAUUAAAAAAAUCAGGAGGUUUUUAUUUCACAGUUCAGCAGUUUUUUUGCUAUAGCAAAUUUCAAACUAGAUAUAAAAGUGAAUUGAUAGUUUUAAAACUAUAGAACUACUUUAAAGUACAACUAUUUAAAAAGUGAACUGAAUAACUACUUUUUAAAAAUAUUUGCUGGGAUUAUCUUUUACAAAAUGUUUCUUGUCCAAAUAUUUUUCAACACUUCAAUACCCAAAUGUUGCAUAAUGAUUGAUUUUGUUACAAUUAAAUAUGAAUUGAAAUAGCUUUUUUUUUGUGUUCUAAUUUUCACCUUACUAUUUAAAAACUGUUAUAAAUUAAAUUGCCCUCUUAGAAUAAGUUCCAUUUAAAAAUAUAACAUUAAAAUUUAAAAUAGCAAUAAGACCUAGACAUGUUUUGUGAUUGCAAUGCAAAAAAAUAUGGAUGAAAGUUUUGUUCUAUUUUAAAUUAGUUCCUUCUUACCCUGAAACAUUUUUGAAAUUUUAAUAAAAUGAAAAGUUUUGAAAUUAUUCAUUGCACAUAGGUUAAUUUUUAUUUCCAAAUUUCUUCUGUUACACGGGAUCUUUCAAAAAGAAUGAAUCUAUUUUACUAAGCUAUUUUUUGUAAGACAGGACAAGUUUUUGACAAAUAAAUCUAGUAGUUUAAACUUUCCAACGUUGUUUCCGACUUUUAUCUAGUUUUAAUCUUGUUCUACACACAUUUAAUCUGACAUCUUGGUACAAAAUUAUUACCCACUACACCAGAUAGCCUGAGAGUGAUCAAUUUGGUGGAUUGUGAUGUGCUAAAAUGUCUGGUAGAAACAAUAAAAUUAGUUUAUCCUUUUUGCAAGAGCAUGUGUAAGAUUUAGAUAUAAAAUUUAUGUCAAGUUAUGUUGAUUGAUCAAUUUAUUCUGAUCCUACUUUAAUGUGUAAAAAAAAUAAAAUGAUGAAAUGAAUAAUAAAUAAAAUUGCACAAAUAAGCA